ACCAUUAACGACUCCUCCCAGUUUCUUGUAAAUUUCGCCCCACCCCCCCAACCACCCUACACCCCCCUCUCUUCUUUUCGCUCCCCAAUUUUCAAACAAGAACAGCUUCUACAAUGCCUUUGACCUUUGAAUUUCUUCUUCACAUAUAUCCCAAUUUCACAAAUUAUUAUUCUCAUCCCACCUCACAUAAACAAAAGAGUCUCAGCUUCAUUUCUUCUCUAUAUUCCUCUAUUACACGUAAUAUAUUCAAGUAAGUUGUUCUGAUUUACAUCUAUAGCUGAAGACCUAUUGUAUUUUUAUUCAGAUAUAUUCUUUUUGCUGUAAAGAUUGUAUUUCUUUUGUUGUUUUUUGAAGUGUCUCUUGAUAGUUGACUUUAGUUUUAGAAUACUGUAAGAUUCUAAAUAUAAGAUUUCUGUGUUGUUGUUGUUCUGGGGUUGGAUUAUUUUGUAGUUUGUUGUUGAGCUGCUGAGAUCAGCAUCUGGGCUUGGCUUGGAUUUGGUAGUUUUGUGGUGACUUUGGUUGAAAAUGGAUUUGGCAAUUCACAGUUGCUUGAGUUUGUGAAAUUUUUGGAGUCAUUUUUGUUUGGGUUGGUGAUUUAUUAUCUGGGGUUUAGAUGAAUUUGAUAAGUUUUAGUUCUGAGCUGUUGGAGGGGUCUGUGAUCUUGAGAUCAUAGUCUCUUAACAGCAGCCUCUGUUAAUUCCUUCCAAGAACUGAAGAGAUUCCUUAUACACCUGUUGUUGUUGUUGCUGCUGAUCUGUUCAAACCAUCUGCCCCUUAUAACCUUAGAUUGCCUUCUGUGCUGGAUUCAACUAAUAAUAUGGAGAAUUCAACAGUUGCUGAUUCCAUUAUGAUGAAUUCAUCCUCUUUGAGGAGUGUUUCAUCUAAUAGGUCAAGGGCCUCUGUUGGGGGCUCUGUCCGGGAGGUAAAUUUUGGUGAUUUAGUAUCAAAAGCCGUGAGAUAUGGGUCGCGAGGUGCUGACUCCGAGGGGUAUGGGACGUCUCAAAAAGAGAUUAGUGAUGAGGAUUCUAGAGUUAUUUAUUUAAAUGAUCCUGAAAAGACCAACGACAAGUUUGAAUUUUCGGGGAAUUCUAUUAGGACUGCGAAAUACUCUAUUCUAACAUUCUUGCCUCGGAACCUGUUUGAGCAGUUCCAUAGAGUUGCAUAUAUCUACUUUCUGGUGAUUGCUAUUCUUAAUCAGCUUCCUAUGUUGGCUGUCUUUGGUCGAGGAGCUUCGAUUCUUCCAUUGGCUUUUGUGCUAUUAGUUACAGCAGUUAAGGAUGCCUACGAGGAUUAUAGGCGCCACCGCUCUGACAGGAUUGAGAAUAACCGGUUGGCAUUGGUGUUGAUGGAUGGUCAGUUUCAAGAGAAAAAAUGGAAAGGCAUAAGAGUGGGUGAAAUCAUCAAAAUUUCAUCAAGUGGUACCAUUCCUUGUGAUAUGGUAUUGCUCUCGACAAGUGACACCACCGGGGUCGCCUAUAUCCAGACUAUAAAUUUAGACGGUGAAUCAAAUCUGAAGACGCGGUAUGCAAAGCAGGAGACGCAAAUGAAGAUGCCGGAAAAGGAGAGAAUUAGUGGGGUGAUCAAAUGUGAGAAACCAAAUAGGAACAUUUACGGUUUUCAUGCUAAUAUGGAAAUAGACGGGAAGCGUGUUUCUCUUGGACCUUCAAAUAUAAUCCUCCGUGGCUGUGAGCUCAAGAACACUAGUUGGGCUAUUGGAGUUGCAGUUUAUGCUGGAAGGGAAACUAAAGCUAUAUGGAAAUUUGAACUUUUAGAUAUUGGAAAGAAGUCUCUAGCACGAUUACCUACGACACAGUCUAACCCCCCCUUUCAUGGUUGCAGGUUCAAUGUACUGGGCUUACAUGAAUUUGACAGUGACCGGAAGAGGAUGUCAGUAAUAUUAGGUUGCCCCGACAACACAGUUAAAGUGUUUGUAAAAGGUGCUGAUACAUCCAUGUUUGGUGUCAUUGAUAAAUCAUUAAACUUGAAUGUAGUACGAGCAACAGAAUCGCAUCUACACUCUUAUUCUUCAAUGGGUCUCAGAACCCUUGUAAUUGGAAUGAGAGAAAUGAGUGCUUCUGAAUUCGAGGAAUGGCAGUCUUCUUACGAGGCAGCAAACACUGCUGUGAUUGGUAGGGCAGCUUUACUUCGGAAAAUAGCUGGCAACGUGGAAAAGAACCUCACCAUCUUAGGUGCCUCUGGUAUUGAAGAUAAAUUGCAGAAAGGUGUUCCAGAAGCAAUUGAGUCCUUAAGAGUGGCAGGCAUUAAAGUUUGGGUUUUGACUGGGGACAAGCAAGAAACUGCAAUAUCAAUUGGCUAUUCCUCAAAACUUUUAACGAGCAAUAUGACUCAGAUUGUGAUUAAUAACAAAUCUAAGGAGCCAUGUAAAAGGUCUUUGGAAGCUGCCCUGACUAGGUGUGCGACUCUGAUGUCACAUAAUGCGGAGGAAAAUACUGAAGCUGGAGCAAGUCCAAUUGGUUUAAUCAUUGAUGGGACAAGCCUUGUUUAUGUCCUUGACAGCGAACUUGAAGAACUGCUAUUCCAGUUGGCCAGUUAUUGUUCUGUUGUACUCUGUUGUCGGGUGGCCCCAUUACAGAAGGCUGGAAUUGUUGCUCUCAUAAAGAACCGCACAAAUGACAUGACGCUCGCAAUUGGGGAUGGUGCAAAUGAUGUGUCAAUGAUCCAAAUGGCUGAUGUAGGCAUUGGUAUAAGUGGCCAAGAGGGACGUCAAGCUGUGAUGGCAUCAGAUUUUGCAAUGGGCCAGUUCAGAUUCUUGGUCCCUCUUCUGUUGGUUCAUGGACAUUGGAAUUAUCAACGAAUGGGCUACAUGAUAUUAUACAACUUCUACAGAAAUGCUAUCUUUGUUUUUGUCUUAUUCUGGUAUGCACUUUUUACAGCUUUCACUUUGACCACUGCCAUAACUGACUGGAGCAGCAUGUUAUUCUCCAUAAUCUAUACUGCGGUGCCUACAAUAGUUGUUGGGAUUCUUGAUAAGGAUCUAAGUAGAGUAACUCUUAUGAAGUAUCCGCAACUCUACGGUGCUGGACAAAGGCAAGAGAGCUAUAAUAAGAAAUUAUUUUGGGUAACCAUGAUUGACACCUUAUGGCAGAGUGUAGUGGCCUUCUUUGUACCUCUUCUAGCAUACUGGGAAAGUGAUGUUGAUAUCUCAAGCAUUGGUGACCUAUGGACACUUGCUGUUGUUAUUUUGGUCAAUAUACAUUUAGCAAUGGAUGUGAUCCGUUGGUCUUGGAUUACUCAUGCUGCAAUUUGGGGUUCUAUAAUAGCCACUUUCAUUUGUGUCAUGGUCAUCGACACUCUGACAUUUCUACCUGGAUACUGGGCCAUUUUCCAUGCAGCUGGGGAAGCUAAAUUCUGGUUGUGCUUGCUUGCCAUAACAGUAGCUGCACUUACUCCUCGUUUUGUCGUCAAAGCUUUCAUUCAGCAUGCUAGACCACGUGAUAUUCAAAUUGCAAGGGAAGGAGAGAAGUUCAGAAACUUAGGAGACUCUCGGACUGGAGAAAUAGAAAUGAAUCCAAUUGUUGAUCCUCCGCGAAGAUGAUUGAGCUUUUCUUCUGUGCCCUUCUGGCUCUUCUCCAUCACUUUUGUUUGUAAAAAAAAAGGUUUUGUAUUUCUUUUGGUUACUCUGGAGAUUUCCUCCUUGUUUCCGGAUUUUUUUUGUUAGUUUGUUAUCCGAAGGAUAGAGUAUAGUUAGUAUUCAGGUCCAUUCUUUCCUAUUCAUGCACAUUAAUUGUACAUUAAAACGUACUAUACAAGUUAUAUACCCUAUGUAAUACCAAUUUCCAUCAAUAGAAAGAGUAUACACGCUCAAGUUUUUGUUACA